AUGGCAGAAAAAUCACAAGAGACAUCCAAAUACCAGUUUAUUAGAGAAGAGGAACUCGAGGAAUAUGAAGCGUACUAUAAACAAUAUGGUUUUGGACAAUUCGCAGAAUUCAUGGCAAACAAGAUAAAAGAAGCUGAAAACGUAACCGUGAAAAUUGCAGUGACUGGAAUGGCCGGCACUGGGAAAUCGGUCUUUGUGAACACAUUUCGAGGGCUUACGGCAGAUGAUCGCGAUGCAACUGAGGCUGGAUCAAUAGAGACGACAGCGGUUCCAAAGGAGUACCAACAUCCAAAUAAUAAAAACAUUACCCUGUGGGACUUACCUGGAGUUGGAACGUCCAAAUUUAAGAAAGACGAUUACUUGGAAAAGGUUAACUUUGGUUCAUAUGACUUUUUCCUUAUCUUUACCAAAAGCCGUAUUUUGGAGGACGAUGUAUGGCUUGCCAAAAAAGCUCAGCUUCGGGGUAAGAAAUAUUUUAUAGUCAGGACACAUAUUGAUGUCGAUGUAGAAAGUUGA